GGCGUUUGAAUCCCUGCAAGCAUUGCUUGUCUUUCCUUUCUCCCACUGCUUCGGUAUAUUUCUCUUUUACUUUACUACAGUUUCACUUUGCUUUUAUCUAUCUCCUUUCAUCAUUGCUCUGGGCUUAAUCUUCCCUCCCCCACAGCAUGGGGUUUCUAAACUUCCUCAAGACCCGGUCUGGGUUCCGGGUUGAUAAUAGCAGGACUACUUCUGCAGCUACCCUGACCUUACGCCAAAGUCUUUGGCCCUUGACCCUUGUUACUAUACUCUUCUUUCUCUGGGGCUUUGCCUACGGCCUGCUCGACACCCUCAACAAACAUUUCCAAAACACUCUGAAUAUCACCCGGACACGCUCCUCGGGUCUUCAAGCAGCCUACUUUGGUGCUUAUCCACUUGCGUCCUUGGGAUAUGCAAACUACAUACUCCGUCACUUCGGAUACAAAACCGUCUUCAUCUUCGGGCUCACUCUAUAUGGUAUCGGUGCCCUCUGCAUGUGGCCUGCAGGCUUGAACCGAUCGUUUGGUGGCUUCUGCGCUGCUACCUUUGUUAUUGGCUCGGGCCUUGGUUCGUUGGAGACCGCUGCCAACCCCUACCUUACCGUCUGUGGUCCACCAAAAUACGCCGAGAUUCGAAUCAAUCUCGCCCAGGCGUUCAACGGCAUCGGCACCUGCGUCGCACCAGCCCUAGCAUCAUACGUCUUCUUCACAUCCACCGAGGAUGACGUGAACGCUCUCAAACGAGUACAAUGGGUAUAUCUAGCCAUUGGCAUCUUUGUCUUCGUUCUUGCCGGCGUCUUCUUCAUCUCCACAAUCCCCGAAGUAACCGACCAAGACAUGGCCUUCCAGGUAGCCGAAACGCACGUUGGCGAACAGGAUAAACCAUUCUGGAAACAGUAUCGACUCUUCCACGCCACGUUGGCACAGUUCACUUAUACCGGCGCCCAAGUUGCCAUCGCAGGCUACUUCAUCAACUACGUCGUCGAAACCUGGCCCGGAACCACCAGCGCCACCGGCUCCAAAUACCUCGCCGGCGCACAAGGAGCCUUUGCAAUGGGACGAUUCCUCGGCGCGAUCAUCAUGAGAUUCGUCAAAGCCCGCUGGGUAUUCCUAGCCUAUCUCUCACUGACUGUAGCAUUCAUUGCCGCAUCCAUAACCCAACGUGAUCAAAAAGGCAUAGCAAUGCUCUUCUGCACCCUCUUCUUCGAAUCCGUCUGCUUCCCCACCAUCGUCGCACUAGGUAUCCGCGGCCUCGGCCGACACUACAAGCGCGGCUCAGGCUUCAUUGUCGGCGGAGUAUCCGGUGGUGCCGUCGUGCCUCCAAUCCUGGGCCAUGUAGCCGAUAUGCGAAAUAGUACGGGCUUUGCGAUGAUCGUUCCGACGAUGUUCAUGGUUGUGGCGUGGACGUAUGCCCUCGCGGUGAACUUUGUGCCGGCGUAUCGGGAUAUGGUUGAUAAGGUCGGGGAGAGUGAGAUUGGGUUGAGGGAUGAAGCUGCUAGUGUCAGUCCGAAGGAUGUUGAAAGUGGUGGUGGUGGGGGGCAUGGGUUGACGGAUAUGGAGAAGGAGAAGGGAGAGGAAACUGCGAGGGAGGAAUAUACUACUACUAGUAAGUAGGUGGUUUCGGUAUAAAUGCAGUGACUAGUAGGCGCUGCAUAGGGUCACUUCACAUUCGUCAUGAAAUUUCAUGUUGCUUACGAUCUCGUAAAUGCUUUACUAUUCUGCUUACUAUAAAUAUUCAUAUAC